AACAAGAAGUACAUGGCAUGAGCAAUAGGCUGAAACAGCUUGGAAAUCAUUUUGUCGAACUUCGAUUGUGUGUGUGUGUGUGUGUGUGUGUGUGGCAGAUGGCCACGCGCUGAUGUCAGAACUUGUCAGAUGGUGAGGAGACGCGGGUUUAAAUGUGAAAUCUGUUGUCUAGCCCCUCUGUCCGUUACAGCCGUUUGUUCCUACGAUCAUCAAGAUCUCUUCUUGAUCCUCUACAAUUUCUUGGGGAAUAAAAGUUUAUAACUAGUAUCAUAAACGUUACUUGUCUGUGGACUGCGUUUCAGGGUACUUUGGAUCUCCAGAUGUGCAUGUGGAUUACGGUUGUGCGGCUAAAAUAUGCACUCUUUGUAGAAAUGUAUAAGAAGGACAUGUAUACAUUCGCUGUGAGAGGCUAAUUCUCAACAGACAGUGAACUCUUGAGCCAGAAUGGCAGACCUCUCUAUAUUGAUGACAAAGGAGGUGAUGCCUACACCGGAGACAACACACAGCUGUGUUCUGGAGGUCAGGAAGAAGAACGAGGUCAUUCCUUCAGUAGCCUGCACUGUAUGCUUUAUGCUGGGGAUUAUCUACUGCUUUUGUGGUUACCGCUGUUUUAAAUUAGUGAUGUUCCUGUCUGGGCUUGCAUUUGGGACUGGCAUAGGCUACCUGCUAUGUCUCCGCGAACAGUUACUGGACUCACCACUGGAUGCUGAGACACGGGCAGGCAUCUCUCUAGGCAUUGGCUUACUGGGAGGAUUGGUGAGCAUACUGGUGCGCUGUGUGGGCCUGUUCCUCACUGGUCUUCACUUGGGCCUGCUGCUCUCCAUCACCGCUCUGCUGGCAGCAGAACCUUAUUACCCCAUCCUCAGUCCUGUGUGGGUGCCUGCAGGAACAGUACUUGGAACCAGCGUGUUCUUCGCUGUGCUGACACUCUGCUGGCAGAGAAGCAUGACUAUGGCAGCUACAGCGACACUUGGUGCUGCCAUCAUCAUGACAUGUAUGGAUUACUGCAUGGAGACACCGAUGCUGGUGUGGAGGGCGUAUGUGGGGCUUCAGAGUAACCAGGAGAAAAUGCAGUGCUGGUACAGCUGGGUGAUGUUGGGCAUCUGGGUUGGGAUAGCGGUUCUGGGAAACCUAGUGCAGCGUAAAUUUACUGGCAAAGGAAUGUCACACACGGAAGUAAUAGCGAGUGGCAAACAAAAGCAACUCCAACUGAUGAAGAUCAGACAGGUGGAUGCACACCGGCGUCCAGACGGAAAAAAUCGCCGCAGGCCUCCACUCCUCAAACGAUACGCCGGAGACGUGCUCGCCCCGAGCUACCUGGCAAACCUACGCGAGAGGCAGAUGAGCACAGGUUCAUCUGUGAGCAGUCUGAGCACCGUCUACCACACCAUGAUCGACUUUGACUUUGAGACAGGAUCCAUGGUGCCGCUCACCACCUCCUCACCUGCAGUGAUCAGGGUGUGAAUGAACUCAGAAGUGCAUACACAUGCACACUCUUGAGAUGAUGAUUCAAUAGAGUUCAGUGCCAGAUGAAAUAAACAGACUGGAUGCUUCAAAGAGAGUGUGUUGACUACAUGGACUGAGUUACCAACUAAUAGUCAUCUGAGUCUACUGAACACUAGAUCUUCUAAAGACUUCAGUUAAAGCACGAUGAUUAAAACAACAAAUAGUCAAAAACGCGAAUUCUUAUUAGCAAUAAGUAAUAGUUGGCACUAAUUUGCAUAAAAGUCAAAUAAGUAACCAAACAUUUUAGCCUUCUCUCAUGGUUAUUUUUGUUCUAUUAUUCAACUGUGUUUUUUAAUGAAUUGAAUUGGAUCUAGUUCCCAAAAAAAAUAGUAAAUAAUUGGUGAUUAAAAUCACAGUGAGCCUGACUGGGAUAAAGCAUGAACUAGUAGUACAGUAGAUUAAUGAUUAAAUGAAGUAAGCAUGUAGUUUAAGGGAAGUAGCCAUGAGUUCAAAUCCCAACACCACCAAGCUACAGCUGCUAAGCUCUUUAAAGUAAGGCCCUUACCCGCUUAGUUUUAUAAUAGAGAUCAUUGUAAGUCAGUCCUGAUAAGGUUGUUUGCCAGAUGCCAUAAAUGUACAUGUAGUGUAGGGCUACACAAGCAACACACUGUUAUCAAUUAUGCUCCACUGUUAAUCUACAUGGCCUUUUGUCCAAAAAGCUUAAUAUUUGACUGCCUUAGUUGGGGUCUGACUGCCAGUCCUGAUGCAUGCCACAGAGGACGGUUUCACACCUAUGAGUCCAAAUCAAGGCAGAAUUUAUACUUUCGGUUAAUUUGCUCUCGGGUUUUAAAUGCACACUGUUCAUCGAAUCAUUGAAGGACAUGUAGGACUGAAACUGGAAAAUAAUGUAUGGAUUAAACACUGUAUAAUGGUGAAAGCACCCUAACCCAAAUUGUAACUCUAAGGAUCUUAAUAUGCAUUCACUAUCACAACAGCACAAGUUAUAUCUCUGACCUCGGCUGUGAAUAAGGUGCUUUAUGAUCACAUAUAUUUGCUCUCUCUCUCUCUCUCUCUCUCUCUCUCUCUCUCUCUCAUACACACACUCUUGCUAACUUGGGAACAUUUUACAUUUACACAACUGCAAUUGUAUUGACAUACAGUGUGUACUACAUUAGAACAAUCUGUUCGACACACAAAUAAAACAGUGCUAUUCAUAUGUUGA